AUGGAAAAUCUAAUAAGUGAUAAAGAGCUUCUUUCUCUAAUAGAAAACUUUUUCCUUAAAACAACCCUUCUAGUUUGUUCAAAACGUACUAAUCAACCAGACUCUUUUACAGAAUAUAUUUUAAACCAAAAUGAGACUGAUUACUCGCAGCUUGUGCCUGAAUUCCCUCAUAUUUUUGAUAUGCUAAAUCCAUGGGUUCAUAAUGAUUACCGGGUUCUUGGGGAGAAUGACACUGUUACUCAACUACAUUUACCACCAUUAAUUAUUGAAACAGUCUUGAAUAUUAGAAAUGUACCCAGCAAUCAAUGGAUUAAAUUAAGAGACACUGAUGGUAACCCGUGGAAUGUUUGUAAAGGAACUAAAAAGUCUGAAAUUGUAUUAGAACGUUGGCUCAUAGAACUAGAUAAUACUUCACAGAUGUUUAAAAAUUCAGAACAAAGUUCAACUUCGAAUAGUAUUGAGAAAGAGGAAAUCCACACCGAUCCAAUAGGCUUUACAAAUGAAAGUAAUACUCCUUCAAGUGCAAGCCCUGAUCUAAAAAAGCAAAUGUCUCUGUUAUUCAGAUACCUACGUACAUUCAUUAACCUUCUUCCUGCUAAUGACUUAUAUAUGUCUCUGAAGGAGCAAAAUCAAACGUUACUCUCAAUUGAUUAUAAAAUAUUUGAUGGCACUAAGACAAUUGUCUCAAAAGGUCGUAUCGGCCUAAGUAAGCCUAUUAUCAAUACAUACAUGAAUAUAAUGAAUGAAACAAAUGUAUCAACUCAUUUAGAACAAAGAAAAGUGACUCCAGUGUGGACAAAAUUAGGUCUUCUGAGAGUCUCUGUUUCUUAUAGACAUGAUUGUAAAUUCGAAGUUGGCUUGACAAAUAAAGAAAUUGUUUUGGAGAAAUAUAAUGAUCAAUCUUUAGAUAGAUAUAAUUUUGGGAAAUCUUCGUCAAUAUCGCCGCAAGAUAAUACAAUCCCAAUAAGAAACCGAAUGGAUCAUGGUUCAUUUCAAAGAAGAGAUUUUAAUUCAGGGACAAGAAUCGUUCAGCCCUUUAAGACAGGAUCAAUGGGUAGUCCUCAAUUAAACAACUUCCAUUCAUUGAAUACCAACAACUUAUCUUCAUCGAUAAUCCAUUCAACAGUGAGAUCUCAAAAAUCAAGAAAUAAUUCAAUCUCUGCAUAUACAUCAAAUCAAAAUAUGCUACACCAACCAUUUGAGAAUCUAAGCAGUACCUCAAAAUACUCAUCUUCAUUUGGUAAAUUACGGCGACACUCUAGCAUUAAAUCUAAUUUAUCAUUAGAAAAACCAGAUAAGUUUCUAAAACAAAAUGAGCUCCACACGGUUCCUCCGUCAGAUGAUUUAAUUGAAUUUGUUAAACUAAUUGAUGAAAAACCAGAAUUAAAAUUGAGUGAGAAGCAAAGUUUAAAGAAUUCUGAUUCUAUUAAUACUUCCAUUACUAAAUUCAAAAAGCUUAAAGUUGGUAAUGAUAUUUUAUCUGAUAAUUUAUCAAUGAGUGUAUCUUUAGAACAAAAAUAUUUAAGAAAUAAAUCUAGAUCAAGCUCUCACUCACCAAUACCCUCUGUUUCCCCAACAAUCCAAUUUAUAUCGAUACCUUCUAAGGUAUUUGAGGAUGAUAUAAACGAAGAAGAAUUAAAUAGGCCUCCAAGAAGUAGGGAAGGCUCAUUUGAUAGAUCCAAAAAUUACAGUAUCCACCAGAAGAUAGGUGGAAUUCUUAAUGGAAAAUUCACUUCGAAAUAUCUACCCUCUCAGUCACCUUUAAGACACGAUGAUGAUAAUGAAUUACUAUUUGAUAGCCCAAAAUAUUCUAAUAAUCAAAAUUUGAGACCCUCUCCAUCUUUGUAUUCAGUUGACAGCAUUCCAAACUCUUUCCCAAAAUCUAAAUUUCCAAUACAAAAAACUUCUAAUUUAUCUUUCCCAAUUACUGCAACAGUUCCUGCAUAUGGUAACAUUCACAGACCUUCAUUACGUUCCACUGAUUUAUUAGCAGGAAAGGAGGAGGUAGAGAAUCUUCCAAAUUUUUCUUCCGACUCUAAUUUACACGAUCAAACGCAUAUCAAUACUUCAUCUAAAAUACAACACUCAUCAGAUGAUGAAGAUGAUAUGGUAUUCUUUAUGAGUGAAAUGCAUCUUCAUGGCGAUUGA